UCCUUAUUUUCUUCCAUCUUUUGUCUACUUAAUUUGCCUAUUAAUACAGCUUUCAGCUAAUCAGCAUUGUCAUUCUAAAACUAGCAAGCUUUGCGAAAAGUUGUCGAUCAGAAACAAAAAGAACAACGUACGUACGUACUCAGCUGGAACAAUGAGAUACAUCACUAGUUUGAUUUUGAUCAAACUAUUGGUAAUUCAAUACCUGUCAGUUCUUUGCGCUUCGCAGGACUUUGAUUUCUUCUACUUCGUUCAACAGUGGCCUGGAGCAUAUUGCGACACAAAGCAUAGUUGUUGCUAUCCAAAGUCAGGGAAGCCUGCAGCAGAUUUCGGCAUUCACGGUCUCUGGCCAAACUACAAGGAUGGCUCUUACCCUUCAAACUGUGAUCCAGACAGUGUCUUCGACAAAUCUGAGAUAUCAGAGUUGAUGGGCAAUCUGGAAAAGAGUUGGCCAUCUAUGAGCUGCCCAAGCAGUAAUGGUUACAGGUUCUGGUCACACGAAUGGGAGAAGCAUGGCACUUGCUCCGAAUCUGAACUUGAUCAGAAAGAUUACUUCCAAGCCGGUCUCAAGCUCAAGGAAAAAGCAAACCUUCUUCAAGCCCUUAAAAAAGCUGGAAUAAAACCAGACGAUGAACUAUACAGCUUAGAAAGCAUUGUAGCAGCUAUAAAAGAGGGUGUUGGGCAUGCCCCCGGGAUUGAGUGCAACAAGGAUUCAGCUGGUAACAGCCAACUUUACCAAGUUUACUUGUGCGUUGACACUUCUGGCCAAGAUAUUAUCGAGUGCCCAAUUCUUCCUAAAGGACGAUGUGCUUCCGUGAUCCAAUUCCCUAAAUUUUAAUUAGUAGCUGGAUCUAGCUAUUACCAUCCCUCUUUAAUUUCAUAAUUAAAUUUUCAGUUCAUGUAUCGUGAAUAAUUCAGGAUAUUUAGCUUCCUUCUUGUUGCUGGUAAUAAAACUACAUCAAAUUUUAUGCAUGUCGGCGAACCGCGUU